AUGGCCAGCGAUGAAGCAAUCAUACCAGUCGAGAUUUUGACGUACGGGGCUGUCAAUAACAAGCUCAAGAACGACGUCACAGUCACCGCAACCGCUAUUGAGUCGCCAGAUUCGCCCAAACAGCGCCCGACCGUCCAACUGCAAGGCCGCCGCAGAACGAAUACAUCUCUGAGCCAAGCAGAAGUGACAAACACUGAUCGCGACAACAGUGAUGCCCUCACACGGCUGGGUAACCUCGUUAAAAAGAUCCAUGGUUUUUCUAUCAUCACACGAUAUGCCUUGUACGUGUUGCCAGUUGCAACACUACUGGUCAUCCCUCUUGCACUCUUCGAUACUGUCUAUCAAGGCGCAAGAGCUGGAAACAUACGUCUCCUUGGCCUUUUCAUCUGGCUAGAAGUGGUCUGGGUUGGCUUAUGGGUCUGCAAGCUAUUGGCCAAAGCAUUACCAGUCAUCUUCCAAGGUGCAUGCGGCCUAAUCAGCACCGGCAUCAGGAAGUACUCGCUAGUCCUGAUGGCCCUUGAGAUUCCGAUCAGUCUGUUCCUCGCUUCUAUCGCGAACUGGGCUACAGUACCAGUAAUAUGCUCCUUCGACAAAGGUCACUGUGGCGACCAAUGGUUGAAGACGCUUCACACGGUCUGUCUGGCAACCAUCGCGGUCGCUGCCGUCUUCUUGGCCGAGAAGUUCUUCGUGCAACUCAUCAGUAUCAACUACCACCGCAAGCAAUACGACAGAAAGAUCAAGGACUCCAAAAGACUGAUCUCGAUCCUGGACAUCAUGUAUGACGCCUCCCGACAGUUGUCGGCACCUUUCUCCCAUGAAUUCGCCGAGCUUGACUAUGACAUCUUUGACCCUGACACUUCGGGAAUCAAGAAGAAACUCGGUCAGGCAGGCUUCCGCACUACCGUCAUCAACGACAUCGGGCGUGCUCGCGACAAGGUCACCUCGGCUUUUGGCAACAUCGCGUCUGAGAUCUCCGGCAAGCACAUCUUCAACCCCAAUUCAGCACACUCGAUUGUCAUCGGGGCGCUGGAGACUCGCCGUGCUUCCAAGGCACUGGCACGUCGCCUAUGGCUCAGCUUCGUGCCUGAGGGAAAAGAUGUGCUCCUUGUAGAAGAUAUUCGAGAAGUGCUAGGACCCAAUCAAGCUGAAGAAGCAGACGAGAUAUUCAAUGCUCUUGACAAAGACUGCAAUGGCGAUGUCAGUCUUGACGAGAUGAUCAUGCUCGUGAUGGAAGUGGGUCAGGAACGCAAGAACAGAGCUUCGAGCAUGCACGAUAUCAGCCAAGCCAUCCAGGUGCUUGAUCGAAUGCUCGUCUUCGCGGUCUUCGUGGCCAUUGCUUUCAUCUAUGCUGCUUUCUUUAGCAAAACCCUUGCUUCGAAGACCGCUCAGCUCUGGUCUACUUUCACCGGUCUUGCCUUCGCGAUUGGAGGCACUGUAACAGAAUUUCUUGGUUGCUGCAUCUUCCUGUUCGUCAAGCAUCCAUAUGACGUUGGCGAUCGCGUUGACAUUGACAAGACCGAACUCAUUGUCGAACGUAUCUCACUCAUGUACAGCGUCUUCCGCCGCGUGGACAACGACAAGACCGUUCAGGUUUCUCAUGCCGUGGCCAACACCCUCUGGAUUGAGAAUGUUUCUCGCAGCAAAGCGAUGAAAGAACGCAUUACCCUCAGCGUUUCUGCAGCAACCACCUCUGCAGACAUCAGUGCUCUGCGCGUCCAUCUGGAAGAGUUUGUAAGAGCGGCAGAGAAUGCGCGUGAUUACCAGUCUGGUAUUGAGGUUGAGGUCGUUGGUGUCGGGAAUCUAGACCACCUUGAUCUCAUGAUCGAGAUCAAACACAAAUCGAAUUUCUCGAACGAGGCUCUGCGAGCAUCCCGUAGAAACAAGUUCAUGAUCGCCCUUCUGAGCGCCAUCAAGAACGCAGGCAUUGAAGCGCCAUAA